AUGACCCUUGUCCCACGUGCCUGGCAAGGCAUGCAUGUGGGACAAUUGUGGACGCUGGAAUUGUUUGCAGGAUCGGCAGUGCUUUGUUCAGUUGCUAAGCAACAAGGGCUCUACAACAGCAUUGCCGUCGACAAGACACAGAAGCAUGGUUGUUUUUCUAGCAUCAUUAGGCUAGAUUUAACGCGUGAAGCUGAUAGUUCGCUUGUUGAUGCUUGGCUUGAUUCGGGGCUGCUCAUUUGGGUGCAUCUAGCUCCUGUGUGCGGCACUGCUAGCCGUGCACGGGAUAUUCAGGUUUCAGCAAAUGAUCCGCCUCCCCUGCGCAGUAAUGAACAUCCGAAUGGUUUUCCAGACUUGGCAGGACGUGAUUUGCUCAGGGUCAACAUAGCAAACAAGUUGUUUUCUUUUGCAUGCCGCAUCUUCGCUGAGGCCACGAAACGUGGAAUUUUGGCAACGAUGGAGAAUCCAAAGAAUUCAUAUUUUUGGUGCACCACAUAUUUCUUGCAAUUGUGGAAGACUGUUGAACUUUAUUGUGCUGAUUUUCAAGUGUGCAUGUAUGGUGGUUCCAGAGACAAGUGGACACGGUUCAUCGCAAACUUUCCGGAAGUGGCUGAGUUGUCCGUUGAGUGCGAUAGAAAGCACUCCCAUGCUCCUUGGAGGUUUGCUCACAAUCCUGAAGGAAAGCGUGUUUGGGCAACGAGCCUCGAGAGCCAGUACACUCGUCCACUGUGUCUAGCUACUGUUCAGGUAAUCUUGCAGAAAGCUGCUUCCCAAGGUCUUCACCUAUUGCCCCAGACCUUAAACGAAAUCCGAAAGCAUCCGUUGUUGCAUGCACAACAGGCUCAAAUUAGUGUUGGACUGCAGCCAUUUCGAAAGAAAAUACCACCGUUGGUUCCAGAUUUCGAUGCAAUCGUUGUUGCUGUCCUUCAGGACAAAUCCGAAGUCCCAGUCCCUGUCCUCGGCAAGGCUCAAAAUGAUUUGCACCUUGUGUCCGUUGAGCUUCAACCUCUUUUGAUCCCCAAAUAUGCACGGCUGCUUCGCCUUUUUGCUGCCUCCGAUUCUUUAAAAGGGGGGCUUGAGGAAUCCGAGACAGCUGGAAAAUCCGAAUCUGGUGCCGACCUUAGCUUGUAUCCUUUUCGAGCUGUUUUUGGCUUGCCAUGGGAGCCGGAAAAGUUCAUUGAAAAGGCGGUGACAGCCGGUCACCCAGCCUUGACCGACAUGAGCAUUCCAGAAGAUCUCCAAAUUGCCAUUGACAGAAAUUUAGCUUGGAAUGAUGAGCAGAUGUCCAAAUAUAGAUCGGAUUGGGCAAAGCAUUGGUUGAUGAGGGCAAAAGAGCUUGAUGCUGCAGAAAGCCUGGACAGGUCGUCCAGGCCUGAACAUGUGAGACACAGCACCUCGUCGAAACGCCUGCUGCUGACGGAUGAGAUUUUGGAUAGCAUACAAUAUGAAGACAAAGCUGCAUUAAACAUUCUGCGUGAGGGCUCCACUUUGGCGGGCCGCAUUGAGAGUUGCUGCAUCUUUGAACAACAGUUCAAACCGUGCUUGAUGACCCUUGAUCAGCUGGAAGGUGGUGCAAAGCGCCGGAAUCAGGCCAUUCUUGCGAUGACUUGUAGCUGCGGUGACGAAGCUCUGGAUCAGCAAGUAUUGGCCGAAACUAGAGCUGAGCUUGAAAAGCAAUGGGCUAGAGGACCUUUUGAACUGGACACCCUGCCAGAGGGUGCUGUCAUUUCUCGUAGGUUCCCGCUUGUGCAAUCAAACAAAGUCCGAAUGAUCGAUGAUUUUUCCAUCAGUGGCAUAAAUGAUUCGUGCACGAUUCAUUCCAAGAUUGACCUGCACAUGAUCGACACGCUGGGAGCGGUCAUCCGGAGAUAUUUUCAAGCUUGCGGUGCGAAAGAAUGUGAUAGCCGGCUUCUGGCCAAGACCUUCGAUCUCAAGAGUGCCUAUAGACAGGUGCCCAUACAAAGCCAACACCUAAAGUAUGCCUUUUUCAGCAUCUACAACUGCGAAGAAAGAAAGCCCGAGAUUUACCAACUGCUGACCCUGCCUUUUGGGGCCACGCACUCGGUUUAUUCCUUCCUUCGACUGGCGAGACUCAUUCACAGCAUUGCUGCUAGAGGUUUGUAUGUUCUCAACACGAACUUUUAUGACGAUUUCGUGUUGCUGUCCAAACCUGAAAGUUGCAAGUCAGCAGACCUGGCAAUGGAAGUUUUGUUUAUGCUGACCGGUUGGGAAUUUGCCCGUGAUGGAAAGAAGGCAACGCUUUUUGAGACCACCUGCAGAGCACUCGGGGUAGAAUUUAAUUUGAGCAGAUCAGAGAGAAGGAUCGUCCAAAUCUACAAUACGGAACAGAGAAGGCUUGAUCUUGUUUCUAGGAUUUCCGAAGUUCUGCUUGCAGGACAGCUGUCGAAACAUGAGACGCUUGUGCUAAAAGGACGUUUGAGCUUUGCUGACAGUUUUCUGCAUGGCAGGCUUGGAAAGAUACUCCUAAAGAAGUUGCUUGAACAUGCCUACUCUCGCCAGAGGACUUUGGACGAGAGCACGAAACAUGCUCUGCUGGCCAUGAAGACAAGGCUUGAAGCGGGACACCCUGUGCAGAUCUCGGACCAGGAACUCCUGCAAUGGUUCGUCUACACUGAUGCUGCUUACAACAUGGAAGAAUUGACUGGUGGAGUGGGUGCAGUCUUGGUGGACCAAGCUUGUUCUUGUAUACAAUGGUUUGGUUUUCCUCUCAAUGAAGAAAUGUGCAAGACGUUCGGUUGCCAAACAAAACAGUCCAUUAUUUAUGAGCUUGAGUUGGUAGCUGCAGUACAUGCCCUUUCCUAUUGGGGCGAUCUUCUGGCUGGUAACCUGACCACAUGGUUUGGAGACAAUGAUAGUGUGAGAUAUGCGCUGAUCAGAGGAACUGCCAUAGGGCCUUGCGGUGAAGCGAUCAUGAAGUUUCAUCUUGAGAAAGAAGCAAGUCUGCACUCACGCGCUUGGUUUGCUCGUGUCCCGACUGAAGCAAACAUUGCUGACUUUCCUUCGAGGCUUUCCCAACAUCCACUCCUCGUCCCGGAGGCCAAACCCGAGCCUGAUGAGGAGCGCGGAUUUUCCAGAAUUUUCGACGAAGUCGCGUAA